AUGGCCAUGAAGAAACGCUACGUCAAGCGACUGGUUCGCAAGGUGAUAUUCUGGCUGCUGUCCAUUGCCGCCGUCUCGCUGGUCACCACGCUGAUUGUGGAGAAGCGCAUAGGACCCAGCCCCACCGAUUCGGAGGAGCAUCUUGAUCCCAAUGGUGAUCCCAUAACGCCCGUUUUCCGGGCCGCCAAUCUGCAGCCCACGCGUCGUGCUGCUCGUCCGCCCUACCAGGAUCGCAGCCUGGCCAGGGAGCAGCCGCGCGUGGAGCAACCUCAGCUGAAUGGCUUCAGGCUGCCUGAAGUGGAGGGCGAGCGACGCGACUGGCACGACUAUGCCGCCAUGGAGGCGGACAAACUGCGUUCGGGUCUCGGGGAGCAUGGGCUGCCCGCGGAGAUCGAGAAUCCCGAUGAGAAAGAGUUGGAGCAGCAGCUGUACAGAAAGAAUGGGUUCAAUGGUCUGCUCUCUGACAGGAUUUCCGUCAAUCGAUCCGUGCCGGAUGUGCGAUUGGAGCAAUGCAAGACCCGCAAGUACCUGUCUAAGCUGCCGAAUAUCAGCGUGGUUUUCAUCUUCUACAACGAGCACUUCAGCGCCCUGCUGCGCUCCAUCUACAGCGUCAUAAAUCGCACGCCAGCGGAGCUGCUCAAGCAAAUCAUACUCGUGGAUGAUGGCAGUGACUGGGAGACGCUGAAGCAGCAGCUGGACGACUAUGUCUCCCUGCACUUUCCCCAACUGGUGACGGUGGUGAGGAAUGUGGAGCGCAAGGGUCUGAUUGGAGCACGGCUCGAGGGUGCCAAAGUGGCCACCGGCGAGGUGAUGGUCUUCUUUGACUCACACAUUGAAGUGAACUACAAUUGGCUGCCUCCCCUGAUCGAGCCCAUAGCCAUCAAUCCAAAGAUCUCCACCUGUCCCAUUGUGGACAUCAUCGAUCACAGCAACUUUGCCUACAACGGUGGCUACCAGGAGGGCUCCCGCGGUGGCUUCGACUGGCGCUUCUUCUACAAGCAGCUGCCCGUGCUGCCCGAGGACAGUGUGGACAAGUCCCAGCCCUAUCGUGAUCCCGUCAUGAUGGGCGGCCUGUUUGCCAUCAGAACUGAUUUCUUCUGGGACCUGGGUGGCUACGACGAUCAGCUGGACAUCUGGGGCGGGGAGCAGUACGAGCUGAGCUUCAAGAUUUGGAUGUGCGGCGGCAUGCUGCUGGAUGUGCCCUGCUCCCGUGUGGCGCACAUAUUCCGCGGACCCAUGGACCCCAGACCAAAUCCCAGAAACUACAACUUUGUGGGCAGGAAUCACAAACGUGUGGCCGAGGUCUGGAUGGAUGAGUACAAGGAAUACGUUUACACGCGGGAUCCGCAGACCUAUGACAACAUCGAUGCUGGCGAUCUGACGCGUCAGCGCGCCAUUCGCGAGCGACUGCAGUGCAAGUCCUUUGACUGGUACAUGAAGGAGGUGGCCCCGGACUUCCUCAAGAAAUUCCCGCCCGUGGAGCCGCCCAACUAUGCCUCGGGUGCCAUACAGAAUGUGGCCUAUUCCUCCUACUGCCUCGACACCAUGAACCAGGGCGCCCACAAUGCCGUGGGGCUGUACAGCUGUGCGGAGAAUCGCACCCAUCCGCAGAACAAUCAGUUCUGGCUGCUCACACCCGAUCGGGAGCUGCGGCACAACGGGGCGUCCAACUGCCUGGAUGUGCAGGACCAGCAUGCGAAUGCCACGGUCUGGAUGUGGAGCUGCCACAACCAGGGCGGCAAUCAGUUCUGGUACUACGAUCGCGCGCACAAGUGGCUGGUGCAUGCCCCCAACGGGCGCCGCUGCAUGGAGGCCAUUGUGGCGCAGGAGGAGGGCAAGGCUGCGGUGUACACCAAUGAGUGUGAUCCGGCAAACGAUCGCCAGAAAUGGGAGAUCGGCUACGUCAACAACGAACUGCUGGAUAAGUACUUCGAGGGAGUGUAAAGCCAGAGCCAGACCCAGGCCCAGCUCCACAGACUUUUUUCAUCCAUUGUCACAAGCAGUACAUAUUUAUGUACAUAUAUGUACAUAUAUGUAUGUACAUAUGUACAACGAUCGCUUCAGCAAGUUCGUGGAACUCGCGCACGAGGAGCCAGCCUAGCCUAGUUCAUUGCUCGUUGCGAAGGUUUCCUUCUCCAGUCUCUAAAAUAAAUUCCAUUUUUUCCAUUAUUUUAU